AAUGACAAAGCUGCUCAUAAUAUUUUGAAACUGGCUGUAUCAGAAAUUGCCAUGAAAUUGUUUAUCUUGCUGCUAGAACCCUCGUGCUUUUGUCAUUUCUUAAAUUAAAGCAAAAAAAGAAAUGUUCCUUUGAUAAAUAAUUGAUUGUUUUAUUAUUAUUACUCAAAAUGGCAUCAUUAAGUUACAGAACAGUUCAGAGACAGAUUUUUGAAAUUACAUGUGAAGUUUUACAAAUGUUGAGAUGUUAUUGUUUACUCGUUUUGUGGCGUCUGUACCGCAAUUUUAAGACAUGUUAUAUCAUUGAAAUUCUCCAAUUCUUGUACUAUAGCCUUUUUUGCAACGAUCGUAAAAUGGAAUGGAAAACGCAUUGGCAAAGUCCAGUAUGUAGGCAUAUUUUGAAGCGCAAAAGUUUGAUAAGUCAGUCCAAAUCAUCCUUAACAUGGGCAGCUUGCUCAUUUCUUCUAACAUUCAUUAUAUAUCUUGAUUUAAAAAGUGCUCUUUUUGCCAGCUUCUUUGGUUACUACUCAUCUGUUGUAUGGACUGUAGAGACAGUUAUUUGUGCAUUGUUUGUUGUUAAUGGAUUUGCAGCCGUUUUUUUUUACAUAAGGUCAGUAGUUACUAAGCCACUAGCAUUAUCCCCAAUGCAACAAAAACUUUUUCGUGUUACUCUGGAUGAACCUGGUUUUGAGAUGAAACAACCAGAAUUAAAUGUUACAGAUUCUAAACCUGAAUCUAUCAGAUUCUCCUCUUUCCGUGAUUCAUUUGACUACUCGCCAUCUUUGUUAUCAGCAACUCCUACUAAUUACUCCAUGAAUAGCUGGUAUAGUUCAUCACCUAGUUACACCGGCCUUGACACCACUAGUUCUUCUUGGAGUUUUCGUCGCAUGUCAUCACCAUUGAGUUAUUCUACACCAAAGUCUCCAGACAGAGUUUCUUUAAGAAGAUUAGAUAAGACAGCAGAUCUUGAAUCAAGUUAUGACCACCCUAUAAAGAAUCUAAAACAGUUGGGUGAGUUUUUAAAAGUCCAAGAGGAAGAAAGACAAAAAUCGAUGUCACAUGAAGAUUCUAAGCAUUUUUAUUCUGGAGUGACCUCGGUUGAGAACAGCCCAAUGUCUGUCUUGGGUAAAUGUUUGUACCAAAGAGCAUACCGGUUACCCAAUGCUGAAUCCACAGAAGACAGCUCUUCAGAAGUUCACUGCGGCGAUAACGUGUUGAAUAAGUUGAAAAUAUCGGAUCGGGUGUUAACGGUUUGGUGUGAACGUAUCCGGAAAUGGAUUUGCCAAACCAUACUUGUGAAAAUCGUGCAAGAAAUUGAUGAGAUCAACAACACCUUAACUGAAAUCAGUUUGCCGGAGCUUCAAAUUGGAAAUGUGAGUUUACUCACUUUAAAUCAACUUGCUAUGUCAAAAUCUCAGAACUUACCUACUCUUUCUGCUCUUCUCCCUUAUCUUGACAUACACUUGAAUCAAGAAUACUUGGUUAAACGGUUAAAAACCCUGGCACGGGGGGGUUGCAUGGGUCAUUUUAAAUGGAAUUCUGGCGGUUCUUUUAAUGAUAAGUCGUGGUGUGAAGAUAUGCCGACUGAUUCUGCAUUGAUAAUGCACGUUUUAUGCUGUUACUUAGAUGCACAGUUGCCGCUACAGCCGCAUUUUCCUGAGGGAAAACCAUUUUCGUCCAAGUAUUUUAGGAAAACGCCUGAAAAGCCGAUUCUUUCCAAAGACUCUUAUUACAUCUAUCAAUCUUGUGUAAAUCCUCCUCAUUUCAAAGUUGCAUUAUAUGAAGACAUUUAUUCACUUCCUAAAGGCCGCAAUAAUUUAUUUUGUACCAUUGCUGUUUUAUUACAUCACAUCAAGACUAAAGAAUGUGGAAUGCUUGGACGUGUUAAUCUCGGAAGAUCUGGUUUAAAUUUAUUAUGGGUAGUUGAUUGAGCUGGUGUGUUAAACCAGUAUGUUUUAUUUUUUCUUAUAAGAGUCUGAGCAACUUCAUCUGCGUACAUCAUUUGAUUCAUAUGUAUUUUUUUGUAAAUAGGUUGUAUCAUGUAUGACAGAUAGUAUUUUUUAACACAUCUUUUGUGAUUUCCAUCAUUAUUCUAUGUCUCAUUAUUCACGCCAUUGACAAUUGCUAACAUCUUGAUAUUGUAUAAUUUGCCAGUAGGUCUUCUGAUUGCUGUGGAAUUAAAACUCAUAUUACUGGCCUUUGAUUUGUUACAAAAUUUUAACUAUGCAAUUGAAUAUACUCUUGAUUGUUAUCUUUAGAGACUUGUGCGCAAAUUAACUUGUCUGAGUUCAAAAUGUACUGUGUAAACUAAAUUUUAGUUAAGAAAUGAAUAUUAAAUUUGAUAUUAUUGAAA